GGCCAUUUUGAAUUUUGAUAAUCUGAUUGACCGUCGAAACAAUCUUAAUGUUUUUCAAUGUACCUGUAAUUUUAUUACUAAAUUAACGUUUCCAUUAAGCGAAAUAAUAGCGUCACAUUCGUCACCAUCAUCGCUGCGUGUGCCACUCGUUUCCAGGGAGUCAAAUAGUGUUCUAACGAUCAGCUGUCACGUAUUACUGACGUGUAGAACACAAACAAAUCUAAUAUUUUGGGUUUGAUAUGCUGUUUUCACGAUGAACGGUACGUUUAACGAGCAGCUCGGUGGCGUAGCCGGAUUGUUCGAUCAAUGGGGCGCCUGCGAGCAGACUGUGUUGGCCUGCACGCUGGCACGGCGAGUCCCGUGGCCAGGCCUGAAACUGGUGCAGCGGGCAGUGGAGGCGGCGCUGCGCAGCCACGUCGAAGACGAGAGGCUCGAGCGUGAUGCCAACGACGAGGUGCAUCUGGCUAAUCUUCUCACAGUGAACGGCGACGACGAUGACGGUUGUGAGCGUUUGCACCGCCUGCUUGGAUUACUGCCACUGCUCAGGAUGGACAAUGAGCGCUGUAAAGACCUGUAUGUCACUGCCACCCCAGCUCUGGUGCAGCGUUGUAUGGAUGCUCCCCGCCGAAGCCCUGUUGUGCCUGAUCAAUGCCGACAGCUGCUGUCAUACCUACUAGUUCAUCCAGCACUUACACUUCAUGAUGAAGGGAUAUUGAAACAAUGGUUAAGAUACUUAGAAAACCAUAUUGCUGGCAACAGACCAGAAAGUGUUUGGCAACAGAGAAUAGAACCCUGCAUAAUACCAGAUUCUAACAUUUGGAGUACAACAAACAGUUGUUUUAGACGAACCAUUGGUAAAAAUGUUGAAUUUAGAGGCAUCACAGGCUUGGAUGGUGUGGAACACUUUAGUACAGACCUACUGCAAGAGUCCUUUUCUAAAAACGGCCGAGAUGUAGAUAUAAGUAUAGAAGGAGAAAAAUUAAAUUUUGACGCAACAAUAUCCCAACCAAAGUCACAAAGGUCGAAUAGCUUGACCCCUCCUUCAAGUAAUUUUAUUCACAUGUCUUCAUCUGCUGAGAAUUUAAGUGAUGCACCUUUUGUUCAGAAACCUAGAAGCUUUUCUCUGUCCAGUGAGCACAGUUUAAGUCAGAUAAGGCCUAUUAGUAUAAUGUAUGGGACAACAGGCAGUGAGACAAGGCUGGACGACCUGAGAUCACAUAAUUUCGGCGAACACCCGGGAAUGUCUAAUGUUGCGCAGUGGCUGAAAAGUCUACGACUGCAUAAAUAUGUGUGGCUGUUUACUAAUAUGAGUUAUGAACAGAUGAUGGCUAUGGAUGAAAAGUAUUUAGAGAAGUUAGGAGUGACGAAGGGCGCGCGGCACAAGUUGUUGCUGUCGAUCAAGAAGCUGUCGGAGCGCGGCGCCGUGCUGGCGGGCGUGGAGGCCGAGCUGCGCGGCGGGGCGCCGGCCGCGCGCGCGUUGGAGCGCCUGCGCGCCGUGCUGCUCAGCCCCAUGCCGCCCGCCUGCGACCUGCCCGCCGCCAUCGUGCGCGCGCUGCAUCUAGCAUCAAAAUGCCUGAAUAAAGCGACGUGUCAACCUGCCGUCCGAGUGCCGUCCCAGCUGGCGACGGAGGACGGCGACCACGAGCCUCCCGUGGACCCGAUGUCCUUACACUGUUGGCUCGUUGAGAAGGCGUUACACCACGAAGCCUUCAGUCGACCAGAACUGCAGGAAGCACUGAAGGGGUUGCGACAUCGCCUGCCGCCGCGUCAAUUCUUCCACCACGUGUCAGAUAUGCCACUCAACAGGAAAUGUCCCAAACCCAGGUGGCGCAUCGGGACACACGCGGGACACCCGAAGGCAACGAGGCCGCGUGCCUGGGCGGGGGCGGGCUGCGGGGGCGCGGGCGUGGGCGGGGGCGCGGCGACGGGGGCGCGCGCGCCGCCGCCGGCCGCGGACCACUACUCGAGCCUGGACGCGCUGUGCCUGCAGAUGACGGAGCAGGCCAUCAACUGACGGCCGCUGCGGCUGGCUCUGUGUACGCACGGUUUCUUAUGAAAUCCUUAGUUUAGUUGGACCGGGCUCGCGGUGGGCGGGGCCCGUAGUGACGCAAGUAGCUAGAGAAAUUGCGGCCUUCGGCGUCGACUCGAGUGUCUCGCUGUGGACGAGCCGAUGCCGCGCCGUGGAAGUAUACAAAUUAUUGCUAGGUAGGACAGGAUUAUAGCUUUUUAUAUCAGAACACCCGCAUUUGGUCAUAGUUUCACUCCCCGAAUACUUAGCUUAGUAAGUAUUCUCUAUCGAUAAUGCUAGUGUAAUCGGUUACAUCGACUCGAUUGUAUACAACUAAUGGUAUCCUAAAUUUCUCUGGUGCUAAUUUUCGCGAAGUUUUAUUUGUAGUUAGCUGUAUAGUAUAUAUAGUUAGGUGAAUAUUUACGUUGUCACGUAAUGUAUGUACGUACGGUUGGUGGCUGCGUGCAGCGCGACAUGGACUUACGUGAGUUAGUUAUUUAAUGUUGUUGACUGAUGUUUGCAUAAUUUAUGAAGUUCGCAAACUGUUAUUAUUUAAACUUUAUUAUUUAAUGCAAUGGAUAUUUAUAUUCAGCGAUUAUAUUUUGACUGGAUCAAAAAUCUGAUUGUAAUGUGUGCAAUUUAUAUAUUUUUAUUUACGCAAUAGUUUUUCUAUAUUAAAACUUAUAGAUUUCAUGUAAAUAAUUGACUAGUUCACAUUAUAUUUAUAAGGGUUAUUGUUUUGUACAAAACAUGUGUUGAUGACAUAUUAUAUAAUAGAGUAAUAUUAAAAUUAAAUGAUUUGACUAUAAUUAUGAAGAGAAAUGUAUUGGGUUAUGAGUAGUUUUGUUUGGGCAUACUUACAUGCUGUCUACAGAUAUUUAUAUUUAGCCAAUUGUACAGAAGUUUACAGAGUAUAUUUAUUCUUUCUACCUACAUACCUCAAUUCUUGUUCUGUUAAAUAUUUUCAUUCACAUCUGUGUUCAAGAGCUUUAGUUACUAAUAAUCUGUAGCGGACUGUGAUACGGUUUGAUUUGGAUCAUGGAUCAUGAUAUUCAUCAGCACUAAAAAUAAAUAUUGUGUAACAUU